AUGAAUUCUUCAAGAUCACCACAAACUCCUCUUAGUUUUGAAUUAAAGCAAAUUAUAAAUGAUAGAAAUGUUUUAAGUAUGCGUAGUCGUAUGAAAGUUCUCAACAGUUUAAAUGAAGAUAAUCAGAAGCAAUUUGAAGAAAAGGAAAGAAGGUUAAGGUUACAAGCUAUUCAAGAAAUUUUUACUACAGAAGUUACAUAUUUACGACAUUUAGAAACCUUAAUGGAGUAUUUUGUACAACCUAUGUUUGAAAGGAAAUUAUUAAACCACAAUUUGCUUUUAACAUUGUCCGAGAACAUAAAAACAUUAUACAAUGUUAGUGGAGAAUUAAUAAAAGAACUAAAAGAGGAUCCUCAAAAUAUUACAAGUGCAUUUCAUAAAGUUGCUCCAUUUUUUAAAUUAUAUUCUGUUUAUGCUUAUGAUUAUGAACAAAUUUUAUCAUUACUACAGGCUAAACAAGAAAAUGAUGCAGUAUUUAAAGAUUUUAUUACUAAACAAGAAACAAGACCAGAAGUUGGAAGAAAAUUACCUUCACUAUUAAUUAUGCCAAUACAAAGGGUACCCAGAUAUAAAUUACUUUUAAGGGAAGUCUUGCAACAUACAUCUAAUAAACACAAAGAGUAUAAUCUUUUACAAGCAUGUUUGGUAGAAGUUGAAAAAGCUGCAAGACAUAUGAAUACCUUCAUUGAACAAUAUGAAGAAACACAAAAAUUAUUAAAACUUCAAAAAUGUAUUAUAAACCCAAUUAAUUUGGUAAAACCUGGUAGAAAAUUGAUUAAACAAGGAGCAUUAAUGAGAGUUUCAAGACGAAGAAAUUCGGCAUACAGAAGAUAUUUUGUUCUUUUAAAUGAUAUUUUAUUGUAUUGUAAAGGUGAUCCAGAAAUUUCAUUGACUGUAUGUUGCGUCUUACCAUUAAAUAAGUGUAAAAUUGAAUCCGUUUUGAGUGGUGGAUUAUUUUGUGUUACUUGUUUAAAUGAAACACUUUUACUUUACUCUGAGAAAGAUGAUAGUAAUUUAUGGAUGGAAGCAAUACAAAGUUCUAUAAAGAAGUAUGCAGAAUGUAGACAAACAUUAAGAAAGGAUAGCAGUUCGAGAAAGCCAUUAAGACAUAAUAAUCUUAAUUUAUUUCCAUCUGAAAAUAUACCAAUAGUUGCUGGUAAAAGAAAAAGAUCAAAUGUAGAAACCGAGAUUAAUUUGGAUGCAUCAAAAAUUAUGUAUUUGAAGAAAGACAAUGAAGCAGAUGUAGAUACACAAUCAGGAAAUAAUUGUUUGGUACUUUUAAAAAGAUUUAAAAGAUUUAAAAAUGAUAAUGAUUCUGAAUAUAUUAAGUCUUACAAAGAAAAUAUCAAUUAUGAAAUUACAGCUGAGGAAAGUGUACAUUUUGAAGUACACAGUGCACCAUGUUUAUCCCCUAUUCAUUCCUUAAAUUGUAAACAAGAAUCAUCAACACUUAAAUCUAUCAGUGAAUUUUUUGUAUCUCUUGGUUCAACUUUAAAAGAAUUCUUUAACUUUAGAUAA